ACAGACAGUAGAUGAGUGAGGAGGAGCUGCUCAGUGUGCUGGAGAUGAUCCUCAGACAUGUCUGAAGCUCUACAGGUGAGGCUGGGGGUGCAGCAGUGCUGUGAACACAGGUGAAGCCUCGGUUAGAUGAGCAAAUGGGGAACAGUGUUCUGGAGGUGAACAUCAGCCGGGACUAUGUGUAUAACAGCUCGGCAAUGAUCCGGCGGGACUUCGCCUUCACUGCGCCGGUGCUCGCGCUGCUGAUCGCGGUCAUGGUGGUGCUGAUCGGGGUCAUCGUUCUGGGGAACGCGCUGGUCAUCUUCGCCUUCAAGAUGGACAGGAGUCUGAGGAGACAGAGCAACUACUUUCUCCUAAACCUGGCCAUCUCUGACUUUCUGGUUGGGGCGUUCUGUAUUCCAGUGUAUUUGCCCUACAUUCUGACAGGCAAAUGGAUGCUGGGGCGAGGGCUGUGUAAACUGUGGCUGGUAAUGGACUACCUGCUCUGCACUGCUUCCGUCUUCAACAUCGUCCUGAUCAGCUACGAUCGCUUCCUCUCCGUCACGCGGGCGGUCUCAUACCGGGCCAGACAGGGGAUGACGCGCUGUGCGCUGGCGAAGAUGGCAACCGUGUGGAUUCUGGCCUUCCUCCUGUACGGCCCUGCCAUCCUGCUGUGGGAGCAGGUGACCGGGGAGAGCCAUGUUCCAGACGACGAGUGCUUUGCCGAGUUCUUCUACACCUGGUACUUCCUGCUCUGCGCUUCCACCCUGGAGUUCUUCUUCCCCCUGCUGUCCGUGGCCUUCUUCAACCUCAGCAUCUACCGCAGCAUCCGAGACCGCAGGUUACGGCACCGCCAGGAGAUGGGUUCCCCCAAAUUCCAGGCUCCUGCUGCAUCUACGAAGCGCGAGAGGCUCCGGCUGGCCUCCUACAUCUGCCAUAACUCUUUCCUGCUGAAAAAGAAGAAGCCUAGCGAGGAGGCAGAUAAGAGCUCGGAGCUCUGCUCCACCGCGCCGGUGGUGGGGCGUAACGACAGCGUGGCGGUGAGGAGCAGUCAGUGUACUCGACUGAUACAGGACAAGAAAAUCGCCAAGUCCCUGGCCGUGAUCGUCUGCGUGUUCGCCGUGUGCUGGGCGCCGUACACGCUGCUGAUGAUCAUACGCGCCGCCUGCAGGGGGCAGUGCGUUUCGCACCACUGGUACGAGGUGACCUUCUGGCUGCUGUGGCUGAACUCUGCUAUUAACCCCUUCCUCUACCCUCUGUGCCACAGCAGCUUCCGCAGAGCCUUCGCCAAGAUCCUGUGCCCCAAGCAGAGGUCCACCCAGGCUCCUUCAGACCACCAGUCGAACACUCCCAGAUAGUGGAUCAUAGGACUCUGAGAGGACAUGAUUAUUUCCUUUAAUUGAGGACAACAAUUGGAUAUACAGCUACACACACACACAUACAGUACAAACCAAAAGUUUGUGCACACCUUCUCAUUUUCAAUGCGUUUUCUUUAUUUUCAUGACUAUUUACAUUGUAGAUUCUCACUGAAAGUAUCAAAACUAUGAAUGAACACAUGUGGAGUUUUAUGUACUUAAUAAAAAAUUGGAGCUGUCCUCCACAGUCACCGGACCUGAACCGGACCUGGUUUGGGGUGAGCUGGACCACAGAGUGAAGAAGGCAAAGGGGCAACAAGUGCUAAUAAACACCUCUGGGAACUCCUUCCUUCAAGACUGUUGGAAAACCAUUUCAGGUGACCACCUCUUGAAGCUCAUUGAGAGAAUGAUGCCAAGAGUGUGCAAAGCAGUAAUCAGAGCAAAGGGUGGCUAUUUUGCAGAAACUAGAAUAUAUAUAUAUAUAUAUAUAUAUAUAUAUAUAUAUAUAUAU